GUCGAAGAGGCGACUGAUUCAGUCGGCCAGUCUAAAUUGUUACAGAAUAUGUUGGAACCCGAUGAGGUAGUGAGACCGAAAAUCGAUCCCAAAGAAACGUCCAUAAUACUUUUCCCCGGCCAGGGUACCCAGUAUGUUGGCAUGGCCAGUAAACUGAUGCGUUUCCCAGAAGCAAGGCGUAUCUUUGAUUUGGCCAAUGAAGUAUUGGGUUAUGAUUUGUUAAAACUAUGUCUGGAAGGACCAGUGGAUAAAUUAAAUCGCACCGAACAUGCCCAACAUGCUGUAAUGGUAUCGUCACUUGCCGCCCUAGAGCAGCUGAAAGAGGAACGCCCCAAGGCGAUUGAUACGUGUGUGGCAACUGCUGGCUUCAGUUUGGGUGAAAUAACAGCGCUCGUAUUUGCCGGAGUAUUGCCAUUCGACAAGGCCCUGAAAUUGGUACAGAUUCGUGCCAAUGCUAUGCAAGUGGCCUGUGAUCGUGUAGCCGGUGGUAUGGCAAUGGUUCUGUACGGACCGGAUACGGAAAUCGGUGCCGCAUGUGCCAAAGCAGUUCAAUGGUGCGUUGACAAGGGUAUUGAAAAUCCCUAUUGUGGUGUAUCGAAUUAUAUGUUUCCACACUGUAAAGUUGUUGGGGGUAAUAUCGAGGCCAUAGAGUUCUUAGAGAAAAAUUCCAAGGCAUUGAAAAUAAGGCGAAUCAAGCGAUUGCCAGUCAGUGGAGCGUUUCACACACCACUUAUGGAAGAUGCCAUAGAACCGUUUGCAAAGGCCCUAAAGAAAAUUCCCCUACAGGAACCAAUUAUACGGGUUUAUUCCAAUGUUGAUGGAAAGCCGUAUAGGCAUGUGCCGCACAUAUUGAAACAGCUACCGAAACAGAUUGUUCGCCCCGUUAAAUGGGAACAGACAAUGCAUCAAAUGUAUGAACGUCAGCAGGGCCUUGAUUUCCCGCGAACAUUUGAGUGUGGACCCGGAAAAGGUUUAGUUCAAAUUUUAGAAAAAGUCAAUGCUAAAGCUGCCAACACAGCAUUGAGUAUAGAAGCUUAAUUGAA